AUGACCCUCUUCAACCAAACCAGUAGCGAAUUGUUUGGGAUUAACGACGGGGGCAUUCUAAUGCUCUCGGCUUCAAGUUGGACGUUGUUUGCCGGCCAAGGCUUUUCCAUUAUUGUCCUACUACCGUUGAUGGAUUAUCUUGGACGAAGAGCUAUUUGCGUUUAUGUCAAGUUCGGAUUGGCGUCUCUCGGGACAAUUUUCUACCUCUUGGCCUGGUCAACGCAGAACGGCCUAUUUUACCUUAUCGGCGCUGCCCUGAUCGCCGCGACAUAUGCUAUUUAUGUGCUUGGAGACGUGAUAUUUUUGUGUGAGAUGUCGCCUGCGGAGCAUAAAGGCACCUUCUCGAUGCUUUCUCUAUCCUCCGUCCAAGUCUUUGCCCAAAUCGUCACGUGGUUGGCUAGAGAAGAUGUCUGGGGAACGUCCGAAAAAUGGAUAUACAUCCCGAUUCUGGCGCAGGCAAAACAACUU